UCUGCAAUUUCGAGGCUGUAAUCGGCCAGCAGAUCCUGCGUCGAUGAGAUCGAAACAGCGGGAUACGAGCUGAAAACGCGCGACGGCUCUCGUUGAAGGCUACUUAAAACAACCGUUGAGCACUGCGACCAGUGCUCGAAUUACCAACAACAGGUGGCUCACAACUCCGUCAAUACGAGCGCAACAUCCGCGACUCCGGGCGGCUUGUGGGAGUGCAGCAAGUGCCUGGACGAAAUGCGGCUGAUGCAGAGGUUGGCGAUCAGCGGACUAUUGUCCGUGAUCUUGAUCGUCCUUCUGACUGGCACUUUCGUCACGCGUCACGAUUUGGCGAACGUCGUCGAGCGAGGCUCCGCGCCCGAGGAACGCGUCGAACAGUUGAACCCCUCGUGGAUGCAAAACAACGCGAUACCGGGUCAAGAUGAACAGAAAACCGAGGAUAAAGAUCAUCGGGUGGACCUGAAACACAGACAAUCCGAACCAUCCGCGGUUGGACCCCCGCCGAUCCCGGUUCCUGGACCCUACGUCAUUAAACCGCCUAAUCCUCCUCUGGAUGACGUGACUAACCAGCGUCGCGAGAAGAUCAAAGAGAUGAUGAAACAUGGCUGGGACAAUUACGUGAGAUACGCUUGGGGUAAAAACGAACUAAGACCGAUCUCGAAGAGAGGUCACAGUGCCAGCAUCUUCGGUGCUUCGAACAUGGGUGCAACCAUAGUCGAUGGUCUCGACACUCUUUACAUCAUGGGUCUUCACGACGAAUUCAAGCAGGGUCGUGAUUGGAUCGCGGAGAACCUCGACUUCGAUAUCAACUCCGAGAUAUCCCUGUUCGAGACGAACAUUCGUUUCAUGGGAAGCUUGCUGGCCUGUUACGCUCUCACCGGGGACGUGAUGUUCCGGGAUAAGGCGGCUCAGCUGGGCGAACGGAUGUUGCCCGCUUUCCAUACGGAAACCGGAAUUCCUCAUUCCCUCAUCAAUCUCCAUACCGGGGCUAGCAAGAAUUAUGGUUGGGCCAGCAGCGGGUGCAGCAUACUUUCCGAAAUCGGCACGAUGCACCUGGAAUUCACCUACCUCAGCGACAUUACCGGUAAUCCGGUUUUCAAGAGCAAGGUCGAGAACGUGAGGAAAGUACUGAAAAAUUUGGAGAAACCGAAGGGACUCUACCCGAAUUAUAUUCAUCCGAGGACCGGCAAAUGGGGACAACAUCACAUGUCACUGGGAGGCCUCGGAGACAGUUUUUACGAGUACCUGCUGAAGGCUUGGAUUCAAUCCGGCAAAGAAGACGUCGAAGCAAGACAAAUGUACGACGAAGCUAUAGCAGCGAUAGAUCAGCACAUGAUAAAAACAUCACCUGGCAAGCUUCUCUAUGUGUCGGAUUUGAAGUACGACAGGCCUGAACACAAAAUGGGGCAUCUUGCGUGCUUCGCUGGCGGUAUGUUCGCACUGGGCGCGAAAACUCUGCAGAACGAAUUGUCUGAAAGGUAUAUGACGAUAGCCGCCGGUCUGACCAACACGUGUCACGAGUCCUAUGAUCGAAGUGUCACAAAGUUAGGCCCCGAAGCUUUCCACUUCAUCGAAGGCAACGAAGCGAAGAGCUUAAAAAAUGGCGAGAAAUAUUAUAUCCUGCGGCCAGAGACGUUCGAGUCGUACUUCGUGAUGUGGCGGUUGACAAAGGACCCGAAAUACCGUGAGUGGGGAUGGGAGGCUGUUCAGGCACUGGAGAAAUACUGUCGGGUUCCUGGAGGAUUCACCGGACUUCACAAUGUUUACAUGAUUGAUCCUCCACAGGACGAUGUCCAACAGAGUUAUUUCUUCGCCGAAACUCUAAAGUACCUUUACCUGCUCUUCAGCGACGACGAUCUCAUAAACCUUGACGAGUGGGUGUUCAACUCCGAGGCUCACGUGCUUCCCAUCAGGGGCAAUCCUCUGUACCGGCCAGCUCCCCCUUUAUAAUUCAUCAGAACCUUUUCACCUCGACUAAAACACGCACCGACGAUACAUCGAAAUCGUUUGCGGACACCGGAUAUCCGUUGAAGCGACGCAGACAUGAAGAGACGGCAAGAGAACUCGCCGGUGUACGUGAAGAAAGAAAAAAUAAAAAAAGAAAAUAAAAAAAAUGAAUAUAAACAAAUAGUGAACAAUCGAGUACAGGAAAAUCUUAAGAAACCCGUGACAUAACAAAAUGAAUGAUCAAAGAACAAUGAAAUAGUUAAAGAAAAAAAGGGAGUGCGGAAUUGACAACGUGGAGACUAGCCUUUAAAACCACGUGUCACCGCGGUUAAAUAACAAUUAAAUAAUUA